UAUGGGCGGCCGGGUCAGGCGGGCGCGCGGCAGGGGGCGGGGCCGGGUGUGUGGCUCGGCGCGGGAGCGCGCGGGCGGCGGUGGCGGCAGCGGCGGCAGCAGUAGUUGGGGGGCGGGCAGCAGUAUCUAAGGGCUACCGUGGCAGUUUUGGAACUAGCAGGCUGGCAGUGACUGCGACUCCAGGUGCGACUCGGCGCGCGACCAGUUCUUGAGCUCGGAACGCAACUCUUCGGCGUCGCGGUCCCCGUCCGGAAAGUUUGCCCCAAAGCAGCGAGCUCCGGUCUGGCGCGGCCCGGCAUGAAGCGGCGCUGAGGAGCCGCCGCCGCCGCCGCCGCCGCCUCGACCGCCGCCCCCGCCGCCGCCUACAGCACCGCCGCCGCCGCCGCCGCCGCCGCCGCCCGAGGAGCAGCCUCCGCAACCUGGGCCACGCCGAUGACUACUGCAAACUGUGGUGCCCACGACGAGCUCGACUUCAAACUCGUCUUCGGCGAGGACGGGGUCCCGGCGCCGCCGCCCCCGGGCUCGCGGCCUGCAGAUCUUGAGCCAGAUGAUCGUACAUCCAUUUGCAUCCCUAAUGUAGAUCCACCUCCAUCUACUUUAAACUCACCACUUUGCUUACCACAUCAUGGAUUACCGCCUCACUCUUCUGUUUUGUCACAGUCGUUUCUGCUUCCAAGUCACAAAAACUAUGAAGGAACUUGUGAGAUUCCUGAAUCUAAAUAUAGCCCACUAGGUGGUCCCAAGCCCUUUGAGUGCCCAAGUAUUCAAAUUACAUCCAUCUCUCCCAACUGUCACCAAGACAUAGAUGCUCAUGAAGAUGACCUACACAUAAAUGACCCAGAAAGGGAGUAUUUGGAAAGACCUUCUAGAGAUCAUCUCUAUCUUCCUCUUGAGCCAUCCUACCGUGAGUCUUCCCUUAGUCCUAGUCCUGCCAGUAGUCUCUCUUCUAGGAGCUGGUUCUCAGAUGCAUCUUCUUGUGAAUCUCUUUCACAUAUUUAUGAUGAUGUGGAUUCAGAGUUGAAUGAAGCUGCUGCUCGAUUUACUCUUGGAUCCCCUCUGACUUCUCCUGGUGGCUCUCCAGGAGGUUGUCCUGUAGAAGAGUCCUGGCACCAACAGUAUGGACUUGGACACUGUUUGUCACCCAGGCAAUCUCCAUGCCACUCUCCUAGAUCUAGUGUCACUGAUGAGAAUUGGCUGAGCCCCAGACCAGCCUCAGGACCAUCAUCAAGACCUACUUCCCCCUGUGGCAAAAGGCGGCACUCUAGUGCUGAGGUGUGUUAUGCUGGUUCCCUUUCACCGCAUCAUUCACCUGUUCCUUCUCCUGGUCACUCCCCCAGGGGAAGUAUAACAGAAGAUACCUGGCUUAAUGCUUCUGUCCAGGGUGGAUCAGGCCAUGGCCCUACACUUUCUGGAUUUCAGUACUGUGUAGAGACUGAUAUUCCUCUGAAAACAAGGAAGACUUCUGAAGACCAAGCUACUGUGCUACCAGGAAAAUUAGAGCUCUGUUCAGAUGACCAAGGGAAUUUAUCACCGUCCCUGGAGACUUCAUUAGAUGAUGGCCUUGGAUCUCAGUAUCCUUUAAAGAAAGAUUCUUCUGGUGACCAAUUUCUUUCAGUUCCUUCACCCUUUACCUGGAGCAAACCAAAGCCUGGCCAUACCCCUAUAUUUCGCACAUCUUCAUUACCUCCAUUAGACUGGCCUUUACCAACUCAUUUUGGACAGUGUGAACUGAAAAUAGAAGUGCAGCCUAAAACUCAUCAUCGAGCCCAUUAUGAAACUGAAGGUAGCCGGGGAGCAGUAAAGGCAUCUUCUGGGGGACAUCCUGUUGUGAAGCUCCUGGGCUAUAAUGAAAAGCCAAUAAAUCUACAGAUGUUUAUUGGAACAGCAGAUGAUCGUUAUUUACGACCUCAUGCAUUUUACCAAGUUCAUCGAAUCACUGGGAAGACAGUUGCUACCGCAAGCCAAGAAAUUAUAAUUGCCAGCACAAAGGUUUUGGAAAUUCCACUUCUUCCUGAAAAUAAUAUGUCAGCCAGUAUUGACUGUGCAGGUAUUUUGAAACUUCGCAAUUCAGAUAUAGAACUUCGAAAGGGAGAAACUGAUAUUGGCAGAAAGAAUACUAGAGUACGACUUGUGUUUCGGGUUCAUAUCCCACAGCCAAAUGGAAAAGUCCUUUCUCUGCAGACUGCUUCUAUACCUGUUGAGUGCUCUCAGCGGUCUGCUCAGGAACUUCCUCAUAUUGAGAAGUACAGUAUCAGCAGUUGUUCUGUAAAUGGAGGUCAUGAAAUGAUUGUGACUGGAUCUAAUUUCCUUCCAGAAUCCAAAAUCAUUUUUCUUGAAAAAGGACAAGAUGGGCGACCUCAAUGGGAGGUAGAAGGGAAAAUAAUCAGGGAAAAAUGUCAAGGGGCUCAUAUUGUCCUUGAAGUUCCUCCAUACCAUAACCCAGCAGUUACAGCUGCAGUACAGGUGCACUUUUAUCUUUGCAAUGGCAAGAGGAAGAAAAGCCAGUCUCAACGUUUUACUUACACACCAGUUUUGAUGAAGCAAGAACAUAGGGAAGAGAUUGACUUAUCUUCAGUUCCAUCAUUGCCUGUGCCUCAUCCUGCCCAAAACCAGAGGCCUUCCUCAGAUACAGGUCACCCACAUGACAGUGUUCUGUCAGGACAGAGAAGCUUAGUUUGUCCCAUCCAUCAGACAUACACAUCCAUGGUAACUUCAUCCCAUUUGCCACAGUUGCAGUGUAGGAAGGAGAGUGCUGGUAAAGAACAGCACGUAAUACCUUCUUCAGUUACACACCAGCCUUUCCAAGUCACACCAACACCUCCUGUGGGGUCUUCCUAUCAGCCUAUGCAAACUAAUGUAUACAAUGGACCAUCUUGUCUUCCUGUUAAUGCUGCCUCUAGUCAAGAAUUUGAUCAGGUUUUGUUUCAGCAGGAUGCAGCUCUUCCUAGUUUAAUAAAUCUUGGCUGUCAACUACAAUCAUCCAUACCAUUUCAUUCUUCAAAUUCAGGCUCAACAGGACAUCUCUUAGCUCAUUCACCUCAUUCUAUGCAGACUCUGCCUCAUCUACCACCUGUGAGAUAUCACUGUUCAAACACAGGACAAAGAUCUGUUUCUUCUCCAGUGGCUGACCAGGUUACAGGUCAGCCUUCCCCUCAAUUACAGCCCAUUACAUACAGUCCUUCACAUUCAGGAUCUGCUACAGCAGCCUCCCCAGCAUCCUCUUAUCCCUUGGCCAGUUCACCACUUUCUGGACCACCGUCUCCUCAGCUACAGCCUAUGCCUUACCAGUCACCAAACUCAGGAACUUCCUCAUCACCAUCUCUAGCCUCCAGAAUCCAUUCUGGUCACCACUCAAGUCAAGCACGAAGUUCAGGCCAGGGAGGUCUUUCUGCACCUUCAUCCUUAAUAUGUCACAGUCUGUGUGAUCCAACAUUUCCACCUGAUGAGGCGACUGUGAACAUUAAGCCUGAACCUGAAGAACAGGAACCUAACUUCUCAACAAUUGGGCUACAGGACAUCACUUUAGAUGACGUGAAUGAGAUAAUUGGGAGAGACAUGUCACACGUUUCUGUUUCCCAAGGAACAGGAGUGAGCAGUCAGGCUCCUGUCCUGGGUUCUGAAUCCCUGGAUUUGGAAAGAUCCGACAGGCACUGACUGUGCUCACUGCGAACUUGUUUCCACCAUCAUGAACUUCUCAGCAUCUUUCUCUCCUUGGACCUUGGGCUUCCAACUCAAUGACCUUCAGGACUGGUGCCAGGAGUUGGGAUCACUAUUUGUGGGGAAAACAGCAUUCCUCCACCUCAGGCCUUGGGUAGAUUUUGUAAAAGAAAAAAAAAAAAAAAAAAAGAGCAGCUUAAGCUGUUUGAGCUUUGCUUUUUAUAUUUAAAUAGGAUACUUUUAUAUGAUGGGUGCUUUGAGUGUGGAUGCAGCAUUCUCAUUUCAGAGGUGCUGCUUUUACAGAUGACCUGGUUGCUUAGCUAGGAUUGGUGAUUUGUACUGCUUUAUGGUCAUUUGAAGGACCCUGUAGCUUUGAUGAUAUUUUUAAAGUAGGAACUUUUGAUAAAACUUUCAGAGGCAGACAAAAAAAAAAAAAUCUCCAAACCCAUACUAUGCCUAAGAAACUCAGCAUGUGUCCUAAAAAGCCUUUCAUAGAUUCAUAGGAAAUAAAAGCCAAAUGUAGUUCAUACCUCUCUAUAAAAGUAAACUGUUAGAUAAAAUAAGAGACCAUUCCAAUCAUUUAAGUGUUGGAAUAUAAAACAUUCCAGAGUGUAGCCUUUUUAUAACUUUCUAGGUAAUUGUCCUGUAAUCUUGCCAUUAUUAACUCCAUGUUGAAACUGCUUUUUUCCCUCAGGGUCUUUGGUAAGAUGGUAAGCUGGCUGAGAAAGCUGGGUUUUUACAUGUGUAGUUUCAUUUCCCAUCAUCCUAUGAACAAGUAAGUUACAGAGUGCCCUUCCCUCCUGUGUCCUCUGGCCCCAGACCUUUCCCAAGUGAGACAUAUGCAUUUGGCUACUUGGUAACCUUUGAAACCUGCCUAAUGAUUUAGACAACUUUGCUGGUUUGAACUCAUCUCUAGAGGACAGACUGUGUCAGAAGCUAAGCACAAAUGAGAUCUGAUUCAGAACAGAAGUAGAAAAUGUAGGGCUUCAGAUGGUACAAAUAUAAUAUUCCCACUAGCGUGGAAGGCUUAUCCUUCAAUUCUGUUUACAACCUAAAAUGAUUCUGGGCCUACCCUGUCUCAUCUGCCUGGCCCUUAAAAUCAGCCUGUCUCUGAGACAUUGAGACAGAUACAGAAAUGAGGUAGUCAUAGACCUGACUCUCCACACCAAAGAUGUCCUGGUGCUGCUGUUGAUGAGGCUGGUGCCCAAGCAGAGACCAGCAAAAAAACUCCAACCUGCUAUCUACCAAAGGAGGUGCCCCACGUUGGGUGCUGUUUUCAAACCCUGUCCUCCGAGCUCCUCUUAAUGAGAUUAGCUAACUGAUCUGAAGCCCUGACCAAUUCUGAAGCCCCUGGAGUUUGCAGUAUGUUUUCUAGUUGAAAUGUGUAUUGAUUUACUCAAGAUGCAAACAGUUUUAAGUGUCUGCAUGUGAUAAGAGUAUGCUAGGCUGCUCAAAGCUUUGAUGUGGUUAUUCCUGGGGAUUGUGAGCCCUACCUGCCAUUCUUAGGCCACAUGAGGCCUAGAUAGAGGGAACCAGCUCAGAAUCUGUAAUUAGCCAGGUAGGAGCUACUGACCCAGGAUGAGGAAUUAUUUUCUAAUACAAUGACAUUUUUGAAUUCUCCCCCUUAAACUACUUAAGAGAAAAAUGUCUAUAUUUCAGCAAAUUGCACUGGCCCCAUUUAGAGCUGGGUGGUUUUGUAUUUUCUUUGAAAAUGAGUUUUGUGUCACAGUGUGAAUAGUGAAAUUUGCUUCAGGGCCUGUAGCUGGAAGCUCACAGCUUCCUUUCUGGGGCAAGGGGAGGGAACUAGGCAGAUUCGCCUCUGCUGUCCCCUCUUGCCUCUAGUGUAGCUGCCUCAUAUGGGGUUCUUGCAAUAGUACCCCUUGUAAGACUCUUUGAGGGUUGCUGCCCUCAAGAAUAAAAACCUCUAUGAUCCAGAGUUGCUAUGCACCAAAUUUUGAUGCCUUUAAAAUACCUUGAUGCCUGUAGCACUAGAAAUGCUUUCCUAUUUAAAAUAAAAGUUAAAUUUUAAAAUAGAGCUUUGUAUACUAUGUAAGCAGUUUUGUAUCAGCUUUGUAAAAGCUUUAGUGCAAGUCAAAAAAUUUUGGCUUUAUAGAGACUUCAAUUUUUGUGCAGAAUAGUGUUGUUAAAGCACACAUCCACUGGACUAUGCAAACUGAUUGCUAGUAGCAGCACUGAGUAACUGGGUAUGUGCUAGCACCCACUUCUCCCCCCAGCCCCCACCCCAUCUAUGUUAGAUCUUGGAUAGAGGAAAGGGAUAAAAGUGGCCUUCUACUUAUUGGAGACACACAGAAGAACAAUUGAAAACAACUUUAAGAGGAACAGAAGAUGCCUUGAGUUGGAGUGUGGUGUUGCUGUACUGGGGUGCAACCCACCCUCACCCCAACUAUCACCAGAGCUCAGCUGGGUGUAGCUGUGAAGCCGUUUUUAAUCUCCAGAGCAGAUCUUUAAGGCUUGGAGGGGCUGAAGUUGAAACCUUGUAUUUUAUAAAGCAGAUGAUGUUUAGUUAAGAAACUGGUUCUCAGUUCUCAGUUAAGUUCAUAGCACUUGGGAUUGUGUUUUCUUGUACGUUUUGUAUUUUAAAACCUUUUAUGGGAGUACAACGCUCCUUACACAGAUACAAAGGGAAGAGCCAAACAAUUCAGGCUCCUCAGUUACAGUGCUGAAAUAAUAAAUGGUUAACAGGUCAACAGUU